CCAGUCCCAUUUUUUGAUGGUUUUUUUUUAACAGUUUACAUUGGUUCCUUACCUGUGACACCGAUAUACUUUUUCUUGCUGAGCUGCACUAAAUUCAGCAGCGAUUACUAUGAAAGAACGCUGUUAAACUGAAUAAAGUUUUAACUAGACCAAUACUCAGUUUACAAGGAGGCCUAUGCUACGCAACAAACUGCAUCCGGGGGCUUGAUUUAAAAAUGUAAUCCAGAGGAAGACAGGCUGUUCUGGGAUUGGGAGACGCCCGUUGCAUAACCAGUGGUUUAGUGAGAGAGUUACAGUUUAGCAGCGUAGACGAUACGGUCCUGGAGUUAGAUUAGCUUCUCCACUUCCAAAUUAUAAACCGAACACACCUGAUUUUUUGAAAAAAAGCAGCUGAUGUCAUGAGAGGUAGACUGUCCUAAACCUAACCAAACACAAGUCAUGACUGAAGAAAUCAACAGUUGUAUAGAAAGCAGUACUUGGGAGACUGUCGCUGCCACUGUCAAUCGUCUUUUCAUGUGCCUACUAUUCUAAUAUGUCAAUAUAGUGACAAAAUACCAGCCAACAAGCCCGGGUCGCGCUGGUGUCGGACAGAUAGAUUAAAAAAAAACAAAAAAAAAAAAACAUCAAAAAGCCAGUUUCGCCGACGAGAGCACCGAGACGGGAUUUGGUGCUCAGAAUCACUGCACAGACACAACAAAAUGGACUGAUAUAGCGCACAAACAAAGCCUCUUUUUACAAGUGAAGCAAACUUGUUGAGUAUGGAUGACAGCAGUGGGGUGGACAGCCCACAAGGGACAAAGUGCCAGCAGCCACCUUCCCUGAAAUCUUUUUGCAGUUCUGACUCUCUGAAGACCUACGAAAGAAGAGCCACUAAGUAUUUAAGACCUCUCAUAGGAAAUGCCCUUGGUCUAAACAUGCUGGGACAUGGCAAGAAGCUUGGUGAAAAUCCCCAGGCUGUAACAUCACCAGCAGUCAGCAGCAGAACCAAGUACAUUGUUGUGCAGGGACGUCGCUUCCAGCAUGCUUAUGCACAAGCUGUCAUAAAAAACCCAGCCCAAAGUCUUGAUCUGAAGGAAAGAAAAGAAUACCCCCCUCAUGUCCAAAGACUAGAAUUUGACAGCAUAAUUCUGACUUGUCCAGAGAGUACAGAAAAUAGGAACCGGGUAUCGGACGGGGAAAUUCAAAAGCGUAUUCAGCAAAAGCGACACCCUUCUUCAGAGGUAAUUGAUUGUUUUUCACCAAAGAGUGUUUCUAAAAAGGUGAAGGAAUUAGACCCUGAUGUCUACUUAACACUCUGUGGAAAUUGUAGCAAGCCAAGUGAAGAUCAUGUGAACUGUGAAAACUGCGGGCAGUCUCUCUUGCAGAAUGCAACAAGUUGCAUAAAUCAUACUAUCAAAGUAACUGAAAAUGCAGGACAUCUGUCUCGACCGUCAAUUUAUGCACUUUCUGCAGGACCAAAACGUUUAACCCAAGGUAUUCCUAGCAAGAGUUUUUGUAAUUCACCGAUGAUGGAUGUCGUAAUGACUUCUCCAGCAUGCGCUACCAGAAGCAACGGGAGAGCUGAACUGGCUGGAGGAACAAGCCCUGCGUCAACAAAGAUGUCAAGAAGCAGAAAGCAGCCUGUAUCCAAACUACAUGAGCUGAACGAUCCAAUUGUGUUGUCCAGUGAUGAGGACGAGGAAAUAGACAAUGCCAGCACAGGCAGCGUGAGCAGGAUGGCCAGUGUGUCUCCUCGCCCCUCAGACUCGGCACACUCCUCUCCAGCACCCUCUGGUGGAAGAGUUGAGGCAUCUGCAGAGACCACCAGUGACAUCAGAAUACCAAGAAAAACACCAAUCAAAGACCAGUUUGGUAACAAUGUGCCUGACAGCAUCAUGAGCAAACGUCGAAAAGUUGUACAGAUACACCCUGGUGACCUGCAUACCAAAUUGGAAAGCAUCAUUCUGGAUUGUCGAAGCAUACGGAUAGGAUCACUACGCAGAAUGGUGACUAAACCAGUCAUUUUUACCCUAGAGUACAUCCAAAUUGAUACUAACGCUCCUACAGAGGAUGGUGUGCAGCAGGUUAUGCUGAGAACAUCAGAACUCGUCCGCUGUGAAUGGUGCUCAGCCAAAAAGUUGCCAGUCAUCUUUUUCCAAACCACACCAGGGGCCUGUUUGAGUCUACAGACACAUUUGAAAAUGUCCAGGGAGAACGGAGGGGUGUGGUAUGAUUGCAAAGGAGCUAGUCCUGAUGAACAAUACAUUGUCUUGAUUUUUGAGAAUGGGUUAUCUGCACAGGAGCACGCUAUAUUGGAAGAAAUACUUCAAGCAGUUGGCACGGCUAAUGAAAUAAGUGACUUUUUGGUGAAAUUAAAUUUUGAAGAAGCAAACAGAAGGCUAGUGCGAUUUACUAAAAGCUAUGUGGAAAAUUCUCAAAAGGACAAGCAGGCUUGUGACUCGAGCAUGCUGCCGCGCACCAUUGCAACACGUCUUCAAACUUCAGCACACCAAUUCUUUGAGGAUGAUGAAGAAAUGGCAGAUAAGCACACUGUCUUUACAGGCCCAAUUGAAAAGUUAAUAGUGUAUCCGCCAGCCCCUGCCAAAGGUGGUAUUUCUGUCACAAACGAGGAUCUCCUCUGUUUAAAUGAAGGAGAAUUUUUAAAUGAUGUCAUCAUUGAUUUUUAUUUAAAAUAUCUGGUCCUUGAGAAGUUAAAGAAAGAAGAUGCCCAGAGGAGUCAUGUGUUCAGCUCCUUCUUCUACAAGAGGCUCAAUCAGAGAGAGAGAAGAAACGUUCAGGACACUGCUAACCUCACAAUACAGCAGAGAAAACACAAGAGAGUGAAAACCUGGACUCGCCAUGUGGACCUUUUUCAAAAGGAUUUCAUUGUCGUCCCUAUAAAUGAAUCAGCCCAUUGGUUUUUGGCUGUCAUUUGUUAUCCUGGUUUGAGUAGCCCUCAGCAUGAACCAAAUCCUUUGUACAAGUGUCCACUGAUAACGAUGAACAGUUCCACAGCGGAAGAGAGCAGUGUUUCAUCUCCAGAGGAACCGGAUAAUACAGCAGGAAGACUUCAUUCCACGAGGGUGUUUAACCCUCCAAACACACCCAGUAAAGCACCUGCCCUAGAUGCUAUAGACACAAGUGCAGACAGUGACUCUAAUAGAGCUGUUUUCAAAGAGGAAAACUGUAAUGGCAAUAUGUUGGAGGAAUACAGGACUGUGACCGACGAACCAGAAAUGGCAGAGAACAGCACUAAAGGAGUAAACGGGGCACUGGUUGAACAAACAAACACUUGUCUACAUUAUAAAGAUGGCUUGCAAAGGAUCAGGGUUAGUUACAGUCCCUCAAUAAACGGAGAUGAUGACACGUUCACUUUUUCUGAUGAUCAAGACUCCAGCCAGGAGGAAGCUAGUGACGAUGGCGCUCUUGCUGAUGACCCAAUGAAUUCUGCAGAAAGUAGACACUGGCAUCUGAGGCCCACCAUUUGUAAGCAGCCUUGUAUUCUGAUUAUGGAUUCGUUAAGAGGCCCUACCAGAUCAAAUGUGGUGAAGACGUUACGUGAGUAUUUGGAAGUUGAAUGGGAGGCGCGAAAGGGAACUAAAAGAAGUUUCCCUAAAGAGUUAAUGAGGGGUUCCAGUCCUCGAGUCCCACAGCAAGACAACUUCAGUGACUGUGGUGUUUAUAUCCUGCAGUAUGUGGAGAGUUUCUUUGAGAAUUCAAUCCCGAGUUUUGAUCUGCCGAUGAACCUGACUGAUUGGUUUCCCCAGCACCGAAUGAAGAAAAAACGGGAAGAGAUCAAAGAGCUAAUUCUGAAACUACAAGAGCAGCAGCAAACAGAUAGGAUAGGGCAGACAAAUCCUGGAACAGAAGCAUUAUCAGAACUAGGUCCAGAGAACACCAGUGCUAGCUGCUCUGACUGAAACCUGCUUGUACACGUGCUAGUGCUGCCCAAGCGUGUGGAACUCGUCUCAUCUUUAAUCACAGCAGCAGAGUCCUCCUGGAAGCAGCAUGGGAGUAUAUGUGCUAGUGCUGCCCAAGUGUGUGGAACUCGUCUCAUCUUUAAUCACAGCAGCAGAGUCCUCCUGGAAGCAGCAUGGGAGUAUAUGUGCUAGUGCUGCCCAAGCGUGUGGAACUCGUCUCAUCUUUAAUCACAGCAGCAGAGUCCUCCUGGAAGCAGCAUGGGAGUAUAUGUGCUAGUGCUGCCCAAGUGUGUGGAACUCGUCUCAUCUUUAAUCACAGCAGCAGAGUCCUCCUGGAAGCAGCAUGGGAGCACCCUUGACUCUACGCUGCUGGAUUUGUUUAUUUUUUUAUAAUAGUUUUGUCAAAUUCCCUCCAAAAACUUAUGAAAUGUUGUUAAAUAAAGUAUGUACAUACGUUAAUGUUGCCAGUCGUGCAACAUUUGUAAUUCGUUUUUCACUUGUUACUUUCAAUUUAGUUAAGUAUUUUCCGUUAGUAGCAGCGAAAUAGUGAAGUAAAACUAUGAUCAAAUUAAAUGGUUUAUGGAUCUUAUUUUCCUUUUUUUGGUUUUAAGAUGGUUGCAUCUUCCAUUUUGGAGGUGAUAAAAUGAAUUAAAUUAUAAGUUACAUAAA